GAUAACUCUAAAGAUUUACAAAUCAGGCAUGGAUAGCAGUGGAAUACCAAAGGAGAUGAAAGAAAGGCUUACAGCUUUUGAUCUUUCACUCACAGAGGUAGAAAAGACCUUGAAGUAUCUAGUCGAUGUUCCCCAAAAUGAGCUAAACGAAAAGAUGACACCAUUAGACAAAGCAAAACUUGAUUUGACAGGAGCAUAUACCAUCAACUCAUUGUUCUGGAUGUACCUCAAUGUAUGUGGUAUAAAUCCAAAAGAACAUGCUGUGAAACAGGAACUCGAUAGAAUAAGAAGUUACAUGAAUAGGGUAAAAGACAUCCAGGACAAAGCAAAGGCUCCAAAACUGGAUAAGGGAGCAGCUAAACGAUUUGUUAAGAGUUCUCUGUGGCAGGCUGCAAAGGAUAAAAUACAAGAGCAUGUUACACCAAAAGAAAAUAAAGAUAAACCUAUAGUUAUAGAUGACGAAGAGCCAGAAACAUCUGGAUUAUCCAGAAAAAGGAAGAGAGACAGCCAGACAGAUGAUACGCCAGUUAAACAUUCAAAAAAGAAAAAGAAGAAGAAAGAAAAGAAAUGAACUUUUGAAAGUGGUAAUAGAAGGAAGUAAUCUGUGAUAUCAAACCACUGUUAUAUUAAUGAACUAGAAUAUAAAGUGGCACAGUCUGUGAAGAUUGUAGUAUUUAAAAACUGCUAAUAGACUUCAAGAUGACAAACAGAGGAAAUUACUCAAUGCAUUGAUACUAUAUGUUAUGAAGACAAAGAAAAAAAUGUUAUCUUUAUAAUAAAAAUGUAAUCAAA